AUGGAAUUUAGACGCCCGGCCAAUCUGCAGGGCCGGCCUCCCGUCGCAGCCAUGUUGCCAAGGCCCGUCGUGCCCCUGCUCCCGUCGUCCUCAGCCAGCUCAGCGGUUCGAGUCACUGGGGGCCCUUGCAACACAGCAGGCUCGGGAGGAUUGCAUGGCAAUCUGCAUGUCUCUUCGGAGACAUUAACCGUCACCGUGGCUUCACCAACCACCUUUUCCGCGAACGCCGGCCAACGACGCAGGCGCUCCUCCGCCGCAAAGCAACCCCCGCCGAACCUCCAGCUGCACCACGAUUCCUCCGACUCGCGAAGCCGACUCGGCACGACAAGUGGCCUUUCGGCGAGGUCGCUGGGGGAGCCGCUUCCUACUAUACCGGGCACCCCGUCGCCUUUUGAUAACAAGAUGGGCUCCAGAUCGCCGUCGCCGCGGCCGGGAGGCUGGUCAAGUCCUGGCCUCAACACACCCUACGAUACGGGUGGCCGAGUGAGUCCCAUGCCGGGGUUUGCAAAUGGCAGCUCGCACAAUGUGACGUGGGAGUCGGCCCAGGCGAGGAGCGCAGAGGUGAAGGGUUACGGUCGUUUCGCUCCCCGGUCCCAGGGAUUCCUCGGGAAGCACUUCCGUCGCAUCUCCAACAGCUUGCCGUUUAGCUAUGCGGAGAAGGAGAAGUUGGGUCGGGGACGAUACCAGGGCAGCAAGCCGUUGGAGUUGUUGAGACACAUUGGGAGGAGUCUGUGGCGUCUGAGACGGUCGGUGGGAGUGAUAUUAGCAGUCUUAUUGACCGUUAUUCUUUUUUAUGUGACUCCGUUACAUCGUGUGUAUCGACGGUCGAUAGGCGGUGGCAGUAAAUUCGUCGUCAUUCUCGCAGUUAAUCAAGGAGGGGGUGUAAUGGAAUGGAAGGGUCCACGGGAAUGGGCCAUUGAGAGAGACAGCGUGAAGAACAAGAAGAAAUACACCCAAAAGUGGGGUUAUGAGCUCGAAUUGGUGGACAUGAGCACCAAGAAGCGCUAUGCGCACGAGUGGAGGGAGAGCUGGGAGAAGGUGGACACAAUCCGGAAUGCGAUGCGCAAGUAUCCGCACGCCGAGUGGUUCUGGUGGCUCGAUACAAACACAUUCAUAAUGGAGCCCUCCUACUCCCUCCAAAGCCACAUCUUCAAGCAUCUAAAAGACGUCACCUACCGCGACAUCAACCUCUACAACCCCCUCAACAUCUCCCAUCCUCCGGCAGAAGAAUACCUCGACCCGGAGACGCGCUCUCCCGUCGGCGACGGCAAGGUCGACUCCAUCAACAUCAUCGUGCCCCAAGACUGCGGCGGCUUCAACCUCGGAUCCUUCUUUGUCCGGCGAAGCGUAUGGACGGACCGCCUGCUCGAUAUAUGGUGGGACCCAGUAGCGUACGAGCAGAAACAUAUGCAAUGGGAGCACAAGGAGCAAGAUGCCCUCGAAUACAUGUACACCAACCAACCGUGGAUCCGACCGCACGUGGCGUUUAUCCGCCAGCGCAAAGUCAACAGUUUCCCCGCCGGAGCGUGCGGAGAAAAGGGCGAUAACCCAGAAAUCCACUACCAGGAGAAGGACCGGGAUUUCCUUGUGAAUAUGGCGGGCUGUGAGUGGGGGAGGGACUGCUGGGCGGAGAUGUACAAGUUUCGGCGGCUGAGCGAUCGGUUGAAUCGGAAUCCGUGGGAGAAGUUCAAAGAUUGGAUCAGUGAUUCGUUUAAGGGGAUGAGGGCGGAUCCGAAGAAGAACAAAAAGAAGGAGGAGCAGAAGAAGAAGGAAAAGCAGUAGCUUGGGGUUAGGGGAGGGGAGGGGAAGAGAAGGAUUUGGAUGAACAUAUGACUAUAAGGCGCUCGGGUGCUCGCAUUGAAGUAUUCUUCCUUUCUUUUCAGUCUUCCAGCAUGCCGCUCCUGCGGUAAGGGGCUUUUUAUCACUUCUAGUCUCAGUUUACAGGCCGAUACCGCUUCUUCUCUGCAUCUACACGCUGCAUUCCUAGGUAUGUUCACAUCGUCUCCCUCAUGUUAAAUAAGGGCCCUAUGCGGGGUCCUUUGGGGAUAUUGGAUACUUGUUGUUUGCUUGUUUGGGGUUUCAUAGUUGUGGUAGAGGUUACCAGAUAGUCGUCAGUAAGUCGGACUUGGUAUCUACAAACACCGAGGCUACCUCACGUGUACCUUACAGGUCCUCUAUUCG